CGUGAGCAACGUUGCAACGGUGCUAAACUAAUGAGCGCGUAUCUGAAACGCAGCAGUGAGCAGUGACUGUCUCAUGUCUGGUUUGUAGUUCUUGCUGUUUUUAGUGCUUGUUCACUUCUGUUUCAUUGCAAACCACGUCCAGUGCGACGAGUGGUAGAAACGAAAAAUGUAAAGUGAAACGGAGGAACAAAGCCUGCUGCGUAGCCAGGACUGCGAACUUGUGUGAUAUCUGAGGGAGUGUUUUGAAAAAGAGAAUGCGAAAUGUUAAGUGAUACAUCGUAAUUCCUGAAGGUCAGGACGCAGAGGACUGCAGCAGCUUCGAAAGUACCGGAUUUAUUUGGAAACCUAAAGGAGCUGCAGUUGUCUGGAUUCCUGCAGCUGCUGACACUGAUUACUAAACUCUGACACGAAGUGAAUCGACAAAGGGACGCAGCAGCAGCAGAUCCUGGAACGAGCGCCAGCAACGACAACGGUAUAUGAACUACACUUUCCAAAAGAGGAUGUUCUGAACAAUACGAGACAACUGGACGGAAAAUAGUGGCUCCACUCAACACACCGCGACUUAGAGCUCAAUCUGUGCCAUCAGUUUUUCCCAACUGUCCUCAGUACCUGACAGUGAUACAGAAUAAACGUGAAAACCCAGAGGCAAGAAGAAUAAGAUUGGACAACAGCGCUGUGUCUGCUGCAAUAUCUGAACCCUUGUGUACAUAUAAAAUUUUUGAGGAAAGGAGAAGAUUCACAACAUUUAGCGAAUUUAUGGACUGUUUGGAACGGGAAACAUUUAGUGAAUGUUGGACUGUGGUUAAGAAAGAGGAAUGUAUAUUAUUUGCUUUUAUUGACACUUCAAAUUUUGUGCCAUUUUUAUCAGUGUCCGCUUGUAUAACAUGUGAUUUAGAGAUAAAUGUUUUUAAAGCACAAACAGCCUUAAAAACUGUAGGGAGUUACAUUUUUCCGAAAAAGAUUCAGGAUAUUGGUCAAGUGAAUAAUAUUUUGGAACUACUACUGUCCAUAAGUGCCAAUGUUCAAAGUACACAGGACAACAUUAAUAUAAUCUGUGAUGUGUUGCAAAACGUUAGUAAAGUUACAGAAGGAAAAGAGAGAAAUAUAGAAUUUCUAAUGGAACAAGUUAGGCUGUUGCCUGUAGCCCAAGAACACUUGAGGUAUUCUUUUGAAUUUAUUGUUUUUUGUGCCAUAUUGUUUUCAAUUUCUCCGCAUGCAUAUAAGUUUAUGAGAAAGUCUCAUUACAUGUCUGCGCCACAUCCUCGUACACUUCAGAAGAUAUGUUUAAAGUUUGGUGCAAGCCCUCAGAAGGAAAAGGUGGAAGAUAACUUUCUUGCUUAUGUUACACAGAAGUUUAGUUAUUUGAAGAAAGAGGACCAUGUUGUCUCAUUAAUGAUAGAUGAAAUGCACAUAAAACCAUACUUGGACUAUAGGGGAGGCAAUGUUUUAGGAACUGCCUUCAAUGGUACCACUGCAGCUAGCUCUGUAUAUGUUUUUAUGAUCCAGACCCUUUUGUCUUCAUUUAAAGAAGUUGUACAUAUUCUUCCUGUAAACACUCUUCAGGCAUGUGAUCUUUUUACAUAUGUCAAAAAUGUUAUAACAGGCUCUCACAGUAUUGGUUUUAAAGCGAUUUGUGUUGUGACUGAUAACAAUUCCAUAAACAGAAAAUGUAUGGCAUAUUUCUCAACACCACCAAAAAAGAUUGUGGUUUAUCCCCAUCCUUCAGAACCUCGUUCACCAUUAUUUUUUAUCAUUGAUAGUGUGCAUGUGUUGAAAUGCAUUCAGAACAAUUGGAUCAACCAGAAAGAUGCCCAGCAGGUCCUCACAUAUCCCAAUUUUGAAAACAUGGACAAAACUUCGACAUUAAAAGUUGCUUCAUUUUCUACUCUGAAGAAACUCCAUGCCUUGGAAAGUAAAACAAUCAUUAAGUACUCCUAUGGCUUGUGUAUGAAACAUCUCUGCCCAUCAAAUUUUGAAAGGCAGAAUGUAAAAUAUGCAUUAAAUGUUUUCAAUCCAUACAUUGUACAGGGGCUUCUCACUUUAGGUGAGGAACACAACCUUUAUGAAUAUCAGAGCACUGCAGAUUUUAUUACUUUAAUUGAAAACUUUGGCCUCCUCAGUAAUAAAUACUGACACCCUUGUCAUUAAUGACUCUGCUGUUUUUGAAACCAGCAAAUCAGUUGUGUUAUAAGGCUGAAAGUGAUGGCAGCAUUGGAUUUUGAGGAAUCGCUUGUAAAUUUUUCCACCUUUCAUCCAAAAUAGGAAUGUUAUGCUCCACUGUUAUCUUACCAACCCAUAGUCCCUUACUUUUAGAAAAAUUCUUCAGAGUGUAGUCAAUUGGGUUGUUAAUAAUAACUUUCCUAGAUCUAACGGCUGUCCAUCACUCCUCUUCAGUGCACCUCCAAUGCCAUCCAUGGUUCCUUUACCAUGUGAACUGGCAAAAAAGUUCCACUCAACUGUCAAUCCAAAGUCUCUCUCAAAAUAACAUAGAUUGGACAAAGUAUAUUUAUUUUUGAACUCUUUUAACUUUAGGAAACGCUUUUUUAAUCUCUGUUAUAACAGUUUCAAGAAAAGUCCACACAUAAUAUUUUCUGUGUGAAAGAUCAUUACUGAUGACUGCAUAGGAUCUGACUUCAUGGUUUGCAAACCAAAUCCAGAAAGUGCAAAUAGUUACUUGUGAAUGCAAACAGUGUGCACUCUGUACCUCAUCUUGUGAAAUUAAAGCAUAAUUAUCUGCAAAGUCUAUUUGAAGAGAGAUUAGAAAUUCUGAUAAUGUAGGCCUAUUAAUGUAUAAACAUAACACUGUGCAGAGAGAUAAAAGUAAAAGACAUUGUUAAACAUGGGCUCUUAUGAAUGACUAGAAUUUGCCUCAAUAAGCAGUUUACUGGGCCUAUAUAAAAUUUAAAACUUGGCUUAGCAAUAUUGUUGUUCUUGGUUAGAAUGGAAAACAUAAACUAUAUGUAAUCUAAAGAAUUUCAGGCUUAAUUAACUUUCUAGGAGAACAUCAGUUGAGUCAUGUUAUUGCCCUAAUUAACUUUAAAAUUUUUAUUCCUCUGCAUAUAUAUUUGUUUAAGCACUACACCUAAAUUAUAAGUUUUCAUGCUAAAAACUGUUUUCAUAUAUAAUAAACAUAGUUAAAAAAACUUUUUUCAUUCAUAAUAAUACCCUUUGGUUAUAAUUUAAAUAUAGGGCCUAGGCCUACUAAAGAUGAAGGUGGCAUUAAACCUUCCAAUUCAAGUUACGGGUGUUACACAUGUGUUAAGUAACACCCGAAACAGAGCUGUUACCGGUGUUACUAAUUUUAAGAGUGUUAAAUAAGAUUUCAAAAUGCCAUGUAAUUAUAUAAUAUUGAAAAAACAUGUGCAUAACCCCACUUUUCCAGAAAGGUAUUGUACAGAGCAAAUUUACUAGAUUAGAAAUUACACUUUUGUAUCUUUCUUGUUAAGGGGGUUACAAGCUGCAUAUAUAUUAUAAAACUAACAAAAUAAAGAAAUACAAUUAGCUUACCUCAACAAAACGAAUUAUUAUGAGCUAUAACAAUGUUGACUUCAAUAUUUUUUGCAACAAUAGAACACUCAGCCAUAGAUAACACAACUAAUACUCAUCUCGUGAUAGCACAAAACAUACCUCUCUGUGCUGCCAUAGAGUAGUGCACUUUAAACACUAAGUGAAGGUAGAAAUUUCAUUUUCUCAUGUUCAUGAUUAUUUUGCAAUGAACAAAUGUACUUUUAACUUGGCAUUUUUAAGGUUAUAUUUGUAAUAUUGUCAUUUUAAUUUUCAUGUCACAAAGUCUCUUUAACAUGAAAUGACCCAUAUGAAUGUAAUU